UCGGACCCUUCCCUGGACCCUGCGCAAGCGGGAGCUACAUGCACCAGGUUGCCCUUUUUAUAUGAUUAGAUUAGUUACCACUGAAUGGGAAAUAUUUUACAAAAUGUUAAGAUCAUUGUAUGCCAUCAAUGUUAUGGAUUUAAACCUCAAAACAACCACAUGUGGUGAUUGAGUAUCCAGUGGUGAGAAGCACACAAGAAAUGGAGGCUCCUCAGGGCCCUUGCUAUCAUCGACCGCGAGGGUGAGUGUGGCUGCUGGUUGUAAUGUUACCACCGGCCAAUUACCAUGUUACCACCGGCCGAUAACCGGAAGCCACCACCGCAGCUGAUGCCAUUGUUGCCUUGCCGCCGCCCACCACUGGUUGUUCAUGGUUUAUUAAUCAUUCUAACACUAGCUAAUUGGAAUUUUGUGGUUCUUCACUUGUGGCAUGAGAUUGACAUGCUUGCCUUUUGUGGGUCUACACAUGGUUAUGGCAUUGAGGAGUAUUCUGAGCUGAGGAUAAUGGUGUAUUACAUUGCCAUCUCUGCCUCUCCCUUUCCUGUGAAGACGUUGUGGUUGGUUCCAUGUGCCAGGAAUCUGCUGUGUCAAACAUUUUGGGAUUUCGGAACUAAUGACAUGGAGAUGCCAUUGGACUUCUAUAGUAAAGUAUACAUUGUUGUAGGCAACUCCACCAUUCACUUAGAUUAUGCCUGCUCUUCUCCCCUGAAAAAGUUUUUUAAUGGUACUAUCACGGAGCCAAUUGAUGUUAAGUGUGCUCGAAGAUGUCUCACGCCAUGAAUCGAUAGAGUACAAUGGUGAGAUCAUUUAGUUUCUUGGGUUGCACCAAUCUAUGAUGUCGAGGAUGAUUGCUAGCCUGACAUGUGCAAACUAUAGUGGAGUAGCUAGGCAGUAGUGCGUGGGAAUAAUAAAACUACACCGUAUGUGUGUGCAGGACACACGCCCAUGGUUCAUAAUCAUUUGCAACACAAUUUCCCAUUGUUUUUCAUCCCCUAUUGAGUGUUUUGCAAAUUUCUUCCGUUGGCGAAAGGAACCUGUACUCUUCUUGUUUUAGUGCUCUAUUUCGCUACAUUUGUGGUAUAGAAUGGUGUGCCUUCAUAUAUAAUAAAUGUUCUCUACUCU